AUGAGACUGCUGGCGGGCUGGCUGCUCCUGAGCCUGGCGGCCGUGUGGCUGGCGCGGAGGAUGUGGACGCUGCGGAGCCCGCUCUCCCGCUCGCUGUACGGGAACAUGACGAGCGGUCCGGGCGGGCCGGCGGCGCCUGCGGGCGGCGGGAAGGAGAACCACCAGUGGUACGUGUGCAACAGAGAGAAAUUACGUGAAUCACUCCAGGAUGUGUUUGUUCAGAGUUACCUCGACCAAGGAACACAGAUCUUCUUAAACAACAGCAUUGAGAAAUCGGGCUGGCUGUUUAUCCAACUGUAUCACUCCUUUGUGUCAUCUGUUUUUAGUCUGUUUAUGUCUAGAACAUCUAUCAAUGGGUUGCUCGGAAGAGGUUCAAUGUUUGUGUUUUCCCCAGAUCAGUUUCAGAGACUGCUUAGAAUUAACCCAGACUGGAAAACCCAUAGACUUCUCGACUUAGGUGCUGGAGAUGGAGAAGUCACAAAAAUCAUGAGCCCGCAUUUUGAAGAAAUUUAUGCCACUGAGAUGUCUGAAACGAUGAUAUGGCAGCUUCAGAAGAAGAAAUACAGAGUGCUCGGUAUAAAUGAAUGGCAGAAUACAGGGUUCCAGUAUGAUGUCAUCAGCUGCUUGAAUUUGCUGGACCGCUGUGAUCAGCCCCUGACUUUGUUAAAAGAUAUCAGAAGUGUCUUGGAGCCAACUAGAGGCAGGGUCAUCCUUGCCCUGGUCUUGCCCUUCCAUCCCUAUGUGGAAAACGUAGGUGGCAAGUGGGACAAGCCGUCAGAAAUUUUGGAAAUCAAGGGACAGAACUGGGAAGAGCAAGUGAACAGUCUGCCUGAAGUUUUCGGGAAAGCGGGUUUUGUUAUCGAGGCUUUCACCAGACUGCCGUACCUGUGCGAAGGGGACAUGUACAACGACUACUACGUCCUGGACGACGCUGUGUUCGUUCUCAAACCCGUGUAA